AUGGCAGAUUCACAAAUCCUGGAGCCUGUGUCCUUCGCGAAAGAUCUCACGCCAGAAGUUGUCGAGGAGGUGCACAACCUGCGAAGCCCGCAAAGACCGCCGGCCUCCACAGAUCCAGGCGACGUCGUCCUGGCGCUGGGGGCGCUCCUUCGCAAGUAUGGGUUACACGGUUUGCCGGUCAGUCAACAUCGACAGGUUGAGGCUGCCUGGACGGUGGCUGGCAGAACGCUCCUCCUUCGUCAAAAAGGCUGCGAUCUCGAGGCUUCAGGCGAUGGAGGCCAAAGUUGGGAGCUGCUGGAGGCGCUUUUCGUCCAAAAUCUGGCGCAGCUCCAGGCCUUGAAGCGUGACACAGAUAUUGUCGCGCGAGUGAGCGCUACUCCGGCCCAGGCCAGGUCAUCACGCAGGGCUCAGAGCUCUCAGGACUACGGGCGGCAGGCACCGCGCCUUGCCGAACCCGUGACUGGCCCUGGUGGCUUGUCGUUGGAGCGGACGGAGGACGGCCUUCCGGUCUGGCGGGCAGACGGCCUGCCCGCCUUCAACAACGCAUUCCCCCAGUCCUUCGACGCCUUGUCCGGGGCCUCCCAGUACUACUCGCAGUUUCGCGUUCGGGUUCCUACUGCAUCGCAGUACGAAGCAUCAGAGAGAAACUGA